CAUUUUUUGCGGUCUACGAUCGGCAACGCUUCGCCUGUCGUCAAAGCGAAGAGCGCAGUUGGAUCGUGUGAACGAUGUUUUUCGAAAUCGGGAGCCAGAUAUGCAUUAUUGGCGCCCUUGUGAGCUUCCUCGAAGUGGGAGCUGUUGAGAAACCCCCCGGGGUUGGUCUCAUACCAUGCAAGACGAACACAGAAUGUGCGCCUUACGAUGGAAUCUGUGACAAACAAGUCGGUUUCUGCAAAUGCAACAAUACCUUCAAUUGCAAGCUAGACGCGAUUCGCACACUUGUCAACAAACUGGGAGAGACCUGUCAAACGACAGGAGACUGCAACAUGGAUUUCGCCUUUUGUGACGAUCAAAAACGUUGCGUUUGCGAAGAAGGCUACGUGGUCUCGGAAAACAAGAUGAAAUGUUUGGCCUCUGCCACCCGCUUAGGAGAUGAUUGCGAGGAAAGCGGACAGUGUUACCACGAAAUACCAUCCUCGGGAUGUUAUCAGAAGAAAUGCGUAUGCCAAGAUCACAUGCACGAGUACAACGGCUCUUGCUACAAAAAUGUUGGUCUGGGUGAGACUUGUCAGUUGAUCGGAGAAUGUUCUAUGACCUCCCAUGCCACCUGCGUGAAAACGAAAUGCCAGUGCAGAGAAAACUAUGUUUCAAACGGCUCAGAGUGUUUACUGAAAGCGAAUGGUCUCAAUUUUACUUGCGAUGCUGAUCUACAGUGCAAGACUCAGUUGGGUCAGGGAUCUGAGUGCUCGAAUGGCUCAUGCAAAUGCAGCGAAGUCUUCCAUUUUAAAGCCUCCAUCAAUCAAUGCGUUCACGAUAUACUGUUGAAUGAACAGUGUGGGGAACACAGAGAUUGCCACCAACCAGGAACAGGUCCUAGCAGACUAGAAUGUUUACUUGGGGUCUGCAAAUGUAAAUCGCCUUAUUUACAAGAAGGAAGUUUUUGUAUAAGUUCCUCAACCUCGGUUGUCGUGAUAAGAUCCAUACUAUUGUUCCUUGGUACAAUGUUUCUGAUAGUUUAAUAUCUUCUCUAGUGAUUCGGAUGAACUCUCUAUUUGUUGUUGUUUUAUAAAAUUUGUUAUUUAUUUAUGUAUAAUAUAUUUGCUCGUUUCCAUUUAUUUAUGGGAAUAUAUUUUUUUAUUAAA